GGGUUACUGACUCAGCAGGGUAGAUCAAAAUUGGUGUAAGAAAACCCUUUUCUAAGGUCACCUCUCUCUCUCUUUUACUUAUAUACCACUCACAUGGCACUAUCACUAUUUCAAAACUCCAUAGCUGAAUAAUUAUAAUAAUAACAAAACAGCUUGGAAGAAAAGCCAUGGGAAGACCUCCUUGCUGUGAUAAAGUUGGUAUCAAGAAAGGUCCAUGGACCCCUGAGGAAGAUAUCAUACUUGUCUCUUACAUCCAACAACAUGGUGCAGGGAAUUGGAGAUCAGUACCCACUAAUACUGGGUUAUUGAGAUGCAGCAAAAGUUGCAGGCUUCGAUGGACUAAUUAUCUGAGACCAGGCAUCAAGCGAGGGAACUUCACUCCUCAUGAAGAAGGCAUGAUAAUUCACUUGCAAGCUUUAUUGGGUAACAAAUGGGCGGCAAUUGCUUCAUACCUACCACAAAGGACAGAUAAUGAUAUAAAGAACUACUGGAACACCCACCUGAAGAAGAAACUAAACAAGUUUCAGUCAGCUUUGGACCCCCACCCUUCAAUUGAGAGAAAGAGCAGCUUAGAAUUUGCUUCAACUUCUUCAAGUACUAGUGCUGUUGGGCUAAAUCAAGCCUCUUCAACAUAUGCUUCAAGCACUGAGAAUAUUUCUAGGCUUCUUCAAGGUUGGAUGAGAUCAUCACCAAAGACAACUAAUGAUAAUAAUAGCUCUCUACUUCUCAAGGAUACUUCUCAAUAUCAGAAAUGGGAUCAAAAUACCAGCUUAUUAGAUGCUGAUUCUUCAGCUGGAUAUAAACCCAAAGCUGAACAAGAAGGCGGUAAUUUGAUCUCCCAUGAAGAGUUUGAGUCGAUUUUAUCGUUUGAGAACAUUAACAAUGUUGUAUGGGACAAGUCUACUUGUGAAUCUACAUCAAAGGGUGCUUGUCAAGAUUCAGGAAAUGAUGAUGAUGGUGAUGAUGAUGAUGAUGAUGGUGAUGAUAAGGUCAAUGUUGCAAUGGCCCCAGAGAAUUAUAAGAAGCAAAAAGUUGAUCAUCACAACAACAACAACAAUAAUAAGAAUAAUCCGCCAUUAUCGUUUCUUGAGAAGUGGCUUUUUGAUGAGAGUUCUUCGGGUCAAGUAGAAGAGAUGAAUCAGAUGAUGGAACUGUCUUCAGUCUUCUAAGUUUUUUCCUUUUUACCUUCUUUGUUCCUCUCUCUUAGCUUCAUUUCGUUUCAAGCUUUUAUUAAUGAAGAAAAAUAAGGAAGAAAAGUUUGGGUUA